ACUGGCAUCACCGGCCUUAUCGGUGGCGACUAUCUUCACCUCAUCGCGCAGCGACAUCAUGACUGGCAUAUAUCAGCUCUCGUCCGCGAUGUCGAAAAGGCAAAGAUUUUGCGUGAGCGCCAUCCGUUCGUCGAGAUCAUUCUGGGUACACUCGAUGACACAGAGGUCCUGGAGAGUGAGAGCAAACAGGCGGAUGUUGUGCUAAACUUUGCCAACUGCGACCACUUACCCGCCGCAGAAGCCAUUGUGAGAGGAGUAUCCAGACGCACCCGACCAGGCUUCAUCAUCCACACCUCAGGCGCCAAGAUCAUUGCGUGGGAGAUGGAGAGUCGGCCCCAGACAUGGGGAGAGUUCAUUCCACGGCGGUACGAUGAUUGGCAAGGGGUCCGAAGGCUUACUGCGAUUUCUUUCAACACCAGCGAUAACGACGACGUGCUGCCGGACUGGGCCGCCCACCGAGAUGUCGAUCUGGCCAUUCUCCGAGGACACCAUCUGUAUCCCGGAAUCGUGCGCACUGCUAUCGUUUGCCCUCCUACUGUCUAUGGACCGUCUCGGUUUCCUCUCUUUACGCGCUCGAUUCAACUUCCCCGCAUGUUAAAUGUAUUCCUUCGACGCGGUCGGGCUUUUACAAUCAAGGGAAACCAGAACAAGUGGAAUAUGAUUCAUACUCAAGACAUUUCGGAGAUGUAUGUACUGCUUACCGAAGCGGCCGUGAAUCAACACCCUGGUGAGCUGUGGGAUAAUGACGGGUACUAUUUUGCUGAGCAAGGGGAAUUUGUCUGGGGAGAAAUGAUCAGGGAGAUCGCCCACCUUGGCUUCAACAAGGGUUACUUUGAUUCCCCGGAGCCAGACGAGUUGACCAACCAAGCGGUUAGCAGGUUUUGGUAUGGUGGGCAGAUGAACAUCAGCUCGACCAGUCUGGGCUCUGCACAAAGAGCGUCCAAGAUUUUGGGAUGGAAGCCUCAAGCUCGAACGAUCUUCGAAGACCUGGAACGAGCCUUAGACGUUGAAGCUGGGCUUCUGGGCAUUACCAUGGCUGCAGACCGGUCUCAAUCCUAA